GCCAGUCGCAUCCAAGUCAGAGUUCGCACGUCGCGCAGUCCAAUCGCAAAUCGAAAUCGAAAUCCAAAUGUCGCGUCCGGUCAACCAAUCUCUGCUGCUGCUCCUGGGCCUGGUCUGCCUGCUGGGAGCCGCCUCUGCCAAGCCGCACGAGGAGCUGACCAAGGACCACGUCACCGAGCUGGCCAACGAGUGCAAGGCUGAGACGGGCGCCAGCGACGAGGAUGUGAAGCAUAUGAUGGACCACGAGGAAGCCGAGGGACACGAGGGCAAGUGCCUGCGCGCCUGCGUGAUGAAGAAGUUCCAGAUUAUGGAUGAGUCCGGCAAGCUGAGCAAGGAGCACGCCGUAGAGAUGAUCAAGGCCAUGAGCAAGCACGAUGCGGAGAAGGAGGACGCCCCCGCCGAGGUGGUGGAGAAGUGCGAGGGCAUCGAAGCACCCGAGGAUCACUGCGACGCUGCCGUCGCCUAUGAAUCCUGCCUCUACGAGCAAAUGAAGGAGCACGGUCUCGAGGUGGAGGAGCACUAAAGACCGAUCGACGACCCAUCCCGAACCCGUUACUGAAUCACAAGCGCCCCCUCCGGAAUGUAACCAUCCUUUUUUUUUAUACUUAAACCUAUGAAUAAUCUUUAAGUAACUCAUAAAGUGAAGAACUGCA